UUCAAUAAAUAAAAUUGCAUUUAGCGAAAAUCUUAGCCAUAGUAUAUUCUUCCUGGGAUUGUAUAUUCUGUCAUUUUUAUGGCGUUUGUUUUUCAUUGGCUAUCAUAUUUUGAAACUUUUAACCGGAAGUUAUCUUUGGAUCAGCUAGCUUGUUGGUAUACGCAGUGUUGCUGUGGUUUUGUUGGGCCGAAGCAGAGCUGUCACAUUUGCAAGCUAACAUAUUAGCCACUGUUUUGUCAUGUCAAGAGCGAUCUGUCCACUCACAACAUAGGGCUUUGAAGGAGUUCAUUUCUUCACAUAUCCAUCUUUGGGUAGGGUCUGAGGAUAGAAAUCUGGGCGGAGAGCAGAAGAGUGAGAUGAAAUGACAACGUCAACAUUACAGAAAGCUAUUGAUCUUGUGACCAAAGCCACAGAGGAAGACAAGGCAAAGAAUUAUGAGGAGGCCUUACGCCUGUACCAGCAUGCUGUGGAAUAUUUCCUACAUGCCAUCAAAUAUGAGGCCCACAGUGACAAGGCAAAGGAGAGUAUUCGAGCAAAGUGUAUGCAGUACCUGGACAGAGCAGAGAAGCUCAAGGACUAUUUGAAAAAUAAAGACAAACAGGGGAAAAAGCCUGUCAAAGAGGCACAGAGCAAUGACAAGAGUGAUAGUGAUAGCGAGGGAGAAAAUCCAGAGAAGAAGAAACUGCAGGAGCAGCUUAUGGGUGCUAUUGUAAUGGAGAAGCCCAAUGUUAGGUGGAAUGAUGUUGCUGGACUGGAGGGAGCUAAGGAAGCUCUGAAGGAAGCUGUCAUUCUGCCCAUCAAAUUCCCUCACCUCUUUACAGGCAAGCGGACUCCGUGGAGAGGCAUCCUGCUGUUUGGUCCUCCGGGGACGGGGAAGUCGUACCUGGCUAAGGCCGUGGCCACCGAGGCCAAUAACUCCACCUUCUUCUCUGUCUCCUCCUCAGACCUCAUGUCCAAGUGGCUGGGAGAGAGUGAGAAGCUGGUGAAGAACUUGUUUGACCUGGCUCGGCAGCACAAACCAUCAAUCAUCUUCAUUGAUGAGGUGGAUUCGCUGUGCGGCUCCAGGAACGAGAACGAGAGCGAGGCUGCCCGCCGCAUCAAGACAGAGUUCUUGGUCCAGAUGCAGGGUGUGGGAAACAACAAUGAUGGUAUCCUAGUGCUGGGAGCCACCAAUAUCCCAUGGGUGCUAGACGCUGCCAUCCGCAGGAGAUUUGAGAAGCGUAUCUACAUCCCUCUGCCGGAGGAGCCAGCUCGGGCUCAAAUGUUUCGUCUUCAUCUGGGCAACACGCCGCACAGCCUGAGCGAGGCCGACCUGCGGCAGCUCGCACACAAAACAGACGGCUACUCCGGCGCUGACAUCAGCAUCAUCGUCCGGGAUGCUCUCAUGCAGCCUGUUAGGAAGGUCCAGUCCGCCACGCACUUCAAAAAGGUUCGCGGUCCAUCCCGAAGCAACAACCAGGUGAUGGUGGACGACCUCUUGACUCCUUGUUCCCCUGGUGACCCUGCGGCCAUAGAGAUGACCUGGAUGGAUGUGCCUAGUGAUAAGCUACUGGAGCCCAUAGUCUGCAUGUCGGACAUGCUGCGCUCUCUGUCCACCACCCGUCCCACAGUCAACACUGAAGAUCUGCUGAAAGUCAAGAAGUUCACAGAGGACUUUGGGAUGGAGGGCUGAGAGACAGAGCCCCAUCCCACCCUUCCCCACCUCUCCAAAGUCCGCCUGAAGGAUCAAACUGCUCCCGACAGCACUCACCCCACCCGUCAACUGCUGUACCAUCCUGUAAGCUUUCAUCUCUCAGCUGAGCACUUGGUUCACUGCCUCCCGUGGAUUUCAGAAUAAAUGACUGGUCUGCUCGAACUAGGAAGGAAAUCUUGCAUUUUUUUUUACUUCUGAUCAGCUAGGCCACUAUUUUUGAAUCCUUGGAGGAAGUUGACCAAAUGCUGCAAUAGAAAAUCUUGGUGUGAUUUGGUAGUUGGACAGUAGAGCCCCAUAUCUUUACUCCAUUUCAGACAAAGUUUAGUUACAAAGCAGCCACUACAGCGUAUUCACUACAAGAACUCACCUAACCUGCAUCGAUGUGAGGAAAGCUGCAUUUGAAUCUAAACUCUAGAUUCUAUCUGACUGAAGGACUGUACAUUUUGUUGCCAUUGUGCACUUUGCGUUGGAUUGCAAUGAAGGACACUGACAUUUGAAGAAGAAACAAGAACAAGAAAAUAAGAAAAUAGCCCUCCUGCCAGGCAUGCGAGUGUGUGAAUGCAUCUAAGUGUUUUUAUUAAACUUGCGUGUCUUAAUGUAUUUGUCUCUAUGUUGAGAGCCCUGUUAUUUUGUUAUUUGAUGAAGAGCUCAAUUAUUUGAUCUUCGCUGCCUCGUGUCCCUCUGCAGCUCUUUGUGUAUGUAUGUCAGGCCUGUACAUCAGCGCUAGCAGCAGUCUGAGCGAAGCUUCAGUAUUUACAGGAGACAAGCUUGACUGAGAACCAAGCACCACAUUUUUCAAUCCAAAAACUUGAAAAGAUUUUUAAAAACUCAGUGUUAAUCCUCUAUGUGCCCUUGAGAAAAUAGUUUCAUCACAGGGUUUAUUUAGUAGCCAUUCUGGACAUUUUGGUCAUGUGACAUGGUCUUCCUCUGCAGAUGGAGUUUGCCCAUUUGUAGUAGUAUCGUACAUGUUCAAAUUUCCAUGUUUUUCUGCAAGUGUUGGCUUAAAGCCUGAGCUUUAAAGUUCAUGGUUGACACUGAAAACAGCAGAUGAUCCAUUUAUUAACAGUGCUUGAGCUUUCAUUUAUAUCACAUGUUCAUCACCACAGUUGAUAAGUCAGUGUGGAUGAGAAGUCUAUUAAGUUUUCAGAAGAAUUCUGUGGAAACGCUUCAUCACUCUGAAUCUGCUGAGGAAGAUCAUGUGGCAUAAUUGAAAGCCCCGGGACAGCUACUAAAUAGACCUAGUUUGUGUUUUAUCUCUCUGUACCGUCUUCCUUUUUGGAUUUUCUUAUACUCAAGUUUGUGUUUCUCUCAGUCUGGCCACAUUUGUUUGAGUCAGUGCUGAAUGUAAAGAGAAUCAAGUCAAACAUCUUUCACUGUCAACAUUUUUUUAUUUUGGAUUGUUUGAUGUGGCAUAUAUUGUUCAACAGUGUUACAGGACACUGUACAUAUUUGAUCACACCUAUUCACACCAUUUAACCGCAGUGACUAUAAUAGAUACAUUUUGUUUACAUUUGAAAUAUUUCAAGAUGAAGCUCUUGUGUGCUGUUGUUUUUGUUCCCUUUUCUUUAGAGAGAGAGACACCAAGUACACUACUGUAUUGUUUUGUUACCGUUUGCUCAUGUCUGGCUCCCCUUCUCACACUCCCAGCAGUAUUUGUUCUGUUGUCAGCUAGCUGACAGUAAGGAAAGCUAUCUCCGCUGACCGUCGAGAUGCAGAGUCACAGGUAGUCAAUUUUAAAUAUUCUUUAAAAACAAACUGCUAUUGGAUGUUUGUUCUGCACCAACUCUCUGUCCUCUCACUACUGCGUCAGGCUUGUCUGACUAACUCAGUGAUGGGACUUUGUUGUGAUAGCUCAGUGCUGUGUGUUUGUGGAGGUACAUAUGGUUCAGUGCAAGGUCAGCUAUUAACUUCCCUGUAAGGGAACUUCACCUGCUGCUGGCCACGUAACCAUUACUACUAAUUUAUCCUGCAUUAAUAAAAACUGACAUUUCAAAUGAAA